UCGACCUUCAUUAACACUUCCUUACGUUGGCAGUGAGACCUGCAUCAAAUUGUUAAUUUUUUCUCUCGUCUUUCUCGCCCUAUGUCUUGCAAAAGAUGCUACAGGCUCUUUAGGACUAUGAAGGGGAGCUUUGUAAGAAUUCGGAGCCAAGUCGUGGGAAUUCACAUGACUUGAAUCAAAAAGUUUUGAUUCAAGUUGUGGGAAUUCACAUGUCUUGCUGGGAACUUUUUUUAUUAAGUCGAGAGAAAUCCGUUAUCGGAUGCAUACAUUUAUUGGUUUGGUGUAAACACGAAUAAAGUUGUGGAAUUAGUGGAGCAUUCAGAAGUCAAAUGUCAAAUUACUUAGCCGUAUUCCAAUUUGCUGUAUCUGCCUUCCUUAUCGACAAUAUCUGUAACAAAUCAUAACUCAUAUCCAUUCCCUAAUCAUUGACUUAUUUAAAUAAGCUGCGGAGUUGACUUCAAAGCAAUGCUUCUAUAAAUCAUAAGUAACAUGAAGAAUCUUCAUAAUUCCGCAUCACAUCUUAGUCUUGUAUCAUGGCCUUCACUAGCUACCAUUUGAUCCUCCUUUGGUCACUUCUCUCCAUUUCUUCUUAUUGCAUAGGCCAAACUUCUCCCCAGCCCAAAGCACUCAUCCUUCCUGUGACCAAAGACUCAUCUACUCUCCAAUACAUAACCCAAAUUGGUCAAAGAACUCCUCUUGUACCCAUCGAGUUGACAAUUCAUCUUGGUGGACAAACUCUAUGGGUAGACUGUGAAAAUGGUUACGUGAGUUCCACUUAUCGACCGGCUCUUUGUGGCUCAACUCAAUGUACCAUCGCCAAAGUUAACACUUGUGGAAACUGCACCACCGCUCCUAAAAUUGGCUGCAAUAAUAAUGCAUGUUAUAACACCCCAGAGAAUCCAUUCAUCAAGACUUUAUAUGAUGGUGGUGAAAUCAAUGAAGAUGUUUUAUCGAUACAAUCCACUGAUGGAUCAAAUCCUGGUAACUUUGUUAAGAUACCAAGUUUCAUUUUCACUUGUGUUCCUACAUUCUUGACUGAAGGUUUGGCUAGUGGGGUGAAAGGUACUGCUGGAUUGGGAAGGCAUCAGAUCGCGCUUCCUUCCCAAUUAGCUCAAAUCUUCAGCUUUCCCAGAAAAUUUGCUGUUUGUUUGAGUUCAUCCACACAAUCUUCUGGUGUCAUCUAUUUUGGUGAUGGCAUGACACUUCCAAAUAUUGAUGGUUCUAAAGAUCUCAUCUUUACGCCGUUGAUCACCAACCCUUUUGGUACCGGAUCAGUUCCUUUCCUGAAUGAGUCUUCCUCAGAGUACUUCAUUGGAGUGAAGGCUAUUAGAGUCAAUGGCAAACCAGUGACGAUUAACAAAAAGCUGCUCGGGAUUGACAAGAGAGGAAAUGGUGGAACCAAAAUCAGCACAGGGAGUCCAUAUUCAAUCUUGGAAUCUUCCAUUUAUGAUGUUGUGACUAAAGCUUUCAUCGAUGAGUUAUCUAAUGCGACCAGAGUGGCUGCUGUGGCACCUUUCGAGACUUGUUUCAGCUCAAAAAGUGUUGGUAGCACGAGAGUUGGACCAGCUGUUCCAGCCAUCGAUCUUGUGCUGCAGACAACACGAGUUUAUUGGAGGAUUUUUGGUGCAAAUUCAAUGGUGAAAGUUGGCCAAGAUGUGAUGUGCUUAGGAUUUGUGAAUGGAGGGGUUAAACCUACUACUUCAAUAGUUAUAGGAGGAUAUCAACUUGAGGACAAUCUUCUACAGUUUGAUCUUACCAGAUCAACACUUGGUCUUAGCUCAUCCCUUUUGUUCCGCCAAACCACAUGUGCCAAUUUCAACUUCACAACUAACGCUUAAAAAGCCGUCUUGUAGACGAACCGUUUCUCCCUUGUAGAAUUAUUUAAUAAAAGGGAAUAGAAACUAUUUUAUUUGUUGGUU